CCAAUGCAAAUGUUUGACAUUACGCUGAGCUUUUCCUCAUCGCACGAAGAAAUCAUACUGACUGCGCAGUCAAAUUCGGAAGCCAAGAAGAUUCGUGCGAAAAUAUUGUAGCCUCUCCCCGCUAGUGCGUACGGUUCCGUGCAUCGAUCGCCAAGACGCAUUAGUUGUUGGUCCGUAUAUUAACUGAACUGCAUAUCCUUGCAGUGGUACACAUGACCCUGUUGUGCAUAUAAACAGAGCCACGAACGCGGUCACUGUGUACGCACUUUCCAGAACUAGCAAAAUAAGUGUGUUUGAGACGAUAACAAAUGGGAUAGUGUUGUGAUUAACACGCGAAUCUGAAACGAAAUCGGAAUUGCCAACCUCUGCCUCUGUCCUGUGUCGUCAUAUUUGUUGUGCGUGCUGUUGUGUAGCCGCUGACGUCGGCAUCAUCUGGUAGUGCAGUACAGCCGAAGAUCCAAGGGGCAACAUAGUGUUCAUGUUCGCGAAAUUUUCCUUCCCAUCUUGAGCAUACUUUCUCUGCCCAUUCCCUGUUCCGAAGUGUACCCUUGUUGCCUUUUUUCAAAAAAUUACUUGAGUCGUGCAGCGUGUCAAACGUCGUAGAUUCAUUGAAUUCCUUAUUCGACUUUAAGUUCGUUGCAACCGCGUGUUGCAUGUUGAGGGCAAGAUGUCCUAUCGAAUUCUGCGCAAGCUGCAGGGCAACGAGCUGGAGAUAAAGGAACAGAUCGAUGAGGUGUCGGAUGGUGGCGAUGCCGAUUACGACACCAACAGUACCAGCAGUCAGAACCGCAACAACAACAAGAAGCAGCUCAACAUCAAUCGAUACGAUCUGCUAAAUCAGCAACAAUCGCUGUCCGAGAGUGAGGUAAAAGAGGACGAUAACGAUGAAACGGAAAAGGACGUAGCGGACGGACCGGUCAAUGUGCAUCUGGCUGAGGCGAAGAAGCGCAAGAAAAAGAAGAAGAAGAAGACGGGCAAAUAUAUCUCUAGCUCGGCGCGACGCAGCAGCGAGGACAAUGCCGACAUUGAGGACGAUUUUACGCGCACGGUAAAGGAAGUGGACAAAUUGUUUGGUAAUUUCCCGCGCGACUCGGACCACCACCAUCAUCACCAUCAUCAUCACCACCAUCACCAUGCUGAAGGAGGUGGUGUGGCCAGUGAUGGUAAACCGGUGGGUCCGGUGGUACCCGGUGGUCUGACCGGCAAAUCGUUGCUGAAUGUGCAGCAUAAAAAUCUGAACCCGCAGUACGAGAUGAAGCGCAUGUUCGGCAGCAAGGUCGUCGGUGAUCAACAAAAUAAACGACGCAAUGCCCGUGGUGCGUCAAGGCUACAAAAGUCAACCUAUUUGGUGAACCCGAAAGACUCCUGGCCACCGGUUGGCAAAUCCGGUAUCUACAUGAACUUGGUGCAGGCACCGGAACCGACCACAUCUACAUCCGCAACAGGUCCGAAGGCAAUCUUUGACAAGAACGUGAUCUACUUUGCGUUCGAGCACAGUCCCUCGUACCGGCAGGUGCAGCAAAAGUUUCUCGAUGCCGUCGAGAGCAUGGACUCGGAGAACAUCAUUCACAUCAUCAACCAGUACCCGUACCACGUGGAUUCACUGAUUCAGCUGAGCGAGCUGUGUAAAAUGAGCGAUGAUCAUGCAAUGGCUUCGGAGCUGAUCGAACGCGCCCUGCUCGCACUCGAGUCAUCUUUUCACACGAUGUUUAGCCUGACGCAGGGCAACUGUCGGUUGGAUUAUCGGAGGCAGGAAAAUCGUGCGCUCUUCAUCACGCUCUUUAAGCACUCCCAGCAUCUGGAGUCACGGGCCUGCUCUCGGACCGCUCUAGAGGUAGCCAAGUUGAUACUGUCGUUCGAUCCCGUUAACGAUCCGCUCGCCAUGAUCCUGAUCGUCGAUUACUACGCAAUACGGGCGAAGCAGUACGAGUGGCUGGUGACGCUGUACGAGGAAUGGGACGCCACGAACAACCUGUCCCAGCUGCCCAACAUGGCUUACUCGUACGCGAUGGCUCUCUUCCAUCUGAAGCGCCCCGAAGCUGCCGAUAAAGCGUUACAGUAUGCGCUGUUGAUGUUUCCCGGUGUACUGCGUCCGCUGAUGGAUGAGCUGUCGAUACAGGCGGACAGUCGGGUCGCGGGACACAACUAUUUCGGACCGGGCUCGUACAAUAAGGCGCUGGUAGCGCUUCAACAGCUGAUGUCGCUGUACGUUUGCCGUUCAAAGCUGGUCUGGCGCGAUGCAGAACUGUUGCCCUGGUUAGAACGCAACGUGAAUACGGUACUGGAUCGGGUAGACGCCAAGGAAGACGUCAUUGCUGAGUAUUCUACCAAGCGAAGCCAAAGGUACGCAAAUCCACCUCGGCAAGUGCUUCGUCACAUUGUGCUGUCGGAUUUUAAGGAAAAAGUUCCGCUAGCUCAGUUCAUAAAGAAGGAAACGGAUCCCAUGUUAAUGUACGAUCCUCUGCCUCCACUGGAUUCCAUCAACAUCUACACCAGCAGACCUACUUUGACGUCGAGCACCAAUCGGGCUUCGAACGAUCCGUUGCAUCUCUUCUUUCAAUCAUUGCUUCCUAACUUCAACGCUCAAGCACAACCUGGCCCACCGGCUGCUCCUCAACAGCCACCGCAGGCUAAUAAUGCUGCAGCAGGUCCCGCUGCAGUUGCUGCUGCCGGAGGUGCGGCUGCCGGAGGUGCUGCUGCCGGGGGUGCGGCUGCUGGUGGUACCGGUGCCCCCGACUGGGACCUUCUAAGCAUGGCAGCCUACAGCAAUACGCUUGUUACGAUCGUGGAAGCGAUGCGUGAGUUCCUAUCCGGUAUACGUGCGCUCGAGCGACCAAACGAUGCGGACGUGGAUGAGGCGGAAAGCAGCGAAGAGGACGAACCGAAUGAUUUUCUGAUGUAAACGACCAGGCGCCUCCAUCGACAAACAACACGGAAAGAACUGCUGAAAUGCUAACAACGUAAUCUUAUUCAUAUAUCUACAAACAUAAAUAUGCGCUGUGGAAUGGCAACGGCCGAUAAAGUUAGUCAUUAGUGAAUAGUUUCAUAUAUCGCUGCCUCUUUCGGUUAGGUGUGUAUUGUCGGAGUUCAGUUUUCGAUUGUGUUGUUGAAUGAUGCAAAACAAAACAAAACAAAAAAAAAACACCUAAAGUCCCGCCAGUACGAUAGGAUCGUGCUAUAUGUGCGGGGUUAGUUUUGUAAGGGCUUAAAACAUGUACUUGCGUACUUUAUACUGUUUCGAACGAAUUUU